CACAAUAUAUCUGAAAGACAUAGUAUAAUUAAUUAGCAAAAGACAGUAAACUAUAGAUUUAAAUCAAUCAAUGACGAGCCAAGGAACAAGACGUCAUCACAAACAUCCCCUUCAUGAAUUUGAUUGCAAAAGUCUUUACAAGUGUGAUGGAUGUAAGAUGGAUGGUUUUGGGAAAAAAUUUAGAUGUGAAAAAUGCGACUAUGAUUUACAUCCCGAAUGCAAUAGUGCAGAAGCUAUAAUAGAAUUUAAAGGAAAAAAGUAUGAAUUUUUUUCAAAACCCCCAAAAGGGGUGAAUUGUCGCAAAAAUCAUAAGUGCAAGUCUGGUUGCAGAGGUUGUGAUGCUUGUGGAAUGACAAUUGAAGGAUAUAUGUAUCAUUGUACAGACAAUGAUCAGGAUUUCCAUCCUAAGUGUCUUAAAUUGAAACCACAAAUUAUCAUUGAAGAUGUCACCUUUACCCUUCAAUCUAAAAUGCCUCAAUCAUCCAAAUGUGCAAAGUGCAAAAAGAAUCUAGUACAAGGAGCCGUAAAAAAGAUCCCAGGGUGGUCAUAUGUAUCUGAAUAUGACGACUGUGAUUUCCACGUUUAUUGUGUGAUGGAAAUGGCUAUGGAAUCUUUGAAGUCUCUGUCAUCUUCAGAUCAAAUGAAUUCAAGUUCUGUUGAGAAGCAUCAGCAACGUAAAAUAAAGAAGAAAGGUUCGAGUAGUUCUAAAAGCAAAAGUUAUUGGUUCAACAUAAUCAAAAUAUUUAUGACUACUGUCUUCUCCAUACUAAUUGGAGAUCCAACAACGUUUGUUGCUUCUACCAUGGUUCAUCUCGUCACUCAAUCUGUUUUCAAUAUUGGAUGAUUAUUUAUUUCAUCAUCAAGAUUUCAACUGAUCAAUCACAUCCAUAAUUGAAGCUCUUUGGUGUUUUUCCUUGCUCUUUUGUGUGUGUGUGUGUGUGUGUAGGGCUUGUUUGGACUUUUUUGGUUUUCUAUACUUCUUUGUUUUCCCAGGAUUAAUCUGGUUGGUUUUGGCUUUUUGCCUUAGCUUGCUCUUCUGUGAGUGUGUUUCAUUUAAUUUAAUUACAUGUAAAAUAUACUGCAGGUUUGUUUGUGUGUGGUUUCUUUGGACUUUUUUAUUUUUUAUCAAUUAAUAUAUUUGUGUUUUUUUAUUAUAUGUUUGGUCAAGCUUGUGUGAUAGGAUGCUGGCUUGCAGAGUUAAUUUCAGUUUCACUCAAUCCUAUAUGUCGUAGGAAUAUUUCUUGAUCUAUUUCGACUCGAGACUCUUUGGCCGCGCUUUCUAUUAUGGAUAUGAGUUGCCGUCUUCCUUCCCUUUCUAGACCAUGAUCAUAGUGUUUCUAUGGACGGAUACACCCCGGAUGAUGAUGAUGAAUAUAUAUAUUUUUUGAUCUACAAUUGUUAUUUUCAUUGACUUAAUAUACACAACUUUAAUAGAUUAAAUCAAAAUACCAACUUAAGUAGCAUAAAACACCUAACUUAAACCGGUUAAAUAUCGACUUUAAUAGGUAAAAAGAUACCAACUUUAAUAGA